UUACGAACUUUACCAUCGCAGAAAUUCUUCGUCUGUUCAUAAACACUUUAACUGCCACUGUUGCAGUUCCACCGAAAACAGUCGCGUACUGAUCGCGCAACGAGUCGCAGUAUUUCGAUCCGUUUUGAAAUUUUCGAAUUUAUAACCGAGUGAAAGAUCAGCUGGAGAGGCAACUGCCGCGCUUUUCGUCAAAACCGCGUUUUUGUGUUGUCGAUAUCGCAGAAGAAGUGGUCAGUUCUGGCAAACCGAGAAUUUUGUUUGCUUAACGCAACCCAAAAAGAAAACCAAAGGAAAAUCAAAUUAUGUGUUCGCAUAGUCAAUGCCAUUGACCGGCGCUAUAAAUUAUUAGUGCAAAAUUCGAAAACGGUGCGUGCGUUCAGUUUAUUGGUAGGAGUAUCAAGGCGAUAUUGGCUCCUCCGAAACCCGCACCCUCACUACGCAACCCGUAACUGAGUGCGGUCGAGAAUGGUGUUACGAGCGAUGCAGAUCCUUACCGUGGCUGCUGCAAUUGUAUGCUGCUGCUGGUACAGUGCCUCGGCAGAUUCACGAAGGUCACAGGCAGACUACGAUAGCGGCGAAACGGCCUUGCUCGAUCACUAUUUCGUACGUCAUUUCGACCACGAUGGAGCAGACUCGGAAACGGCAUCUUCCUACGCUCGCCAGUCUCCCCUCAAUUGCGAAUGUGUCGAGCUGAGAUAUUGUCCAAGGAUUCUAGAAAUGUUAAGAUCCCCCAAGUCCAGCUACAGCGGAUUCAAUGCAAAACUCAAGAAAUUAACCUGCGAGCGGGGGUCGGGUUGGGAGCCGACCAUCUGCUGCCCCUUGGAUGACAGUUGGCUUUCCGACGAUGUGGCAGGAUUCGAGGUCAAGGGAAGGGACAAUUUCUUCGGAGACAAUCUCAACUAUCUGAGUCGAAAUAAAUUUCGAUUUGUGAGCAACGGGAAUGCGCACAAAAAUAGUUUCUUCACAUCAUUUGAGGAUCCCAAAACAUUGAAGAACUGCCCUCCGGUGAUCUCCAGCGGAGAAAACUAUGGCCAGGGAAAUAGAGCUUAUGUGGCUCCAUCUGUUCGGCGGAGAACCACUACUGCUCGACCCUCGCAAGUAGGACUCAGUGACAUUCGCGCCAGUCCUGAGCCCGUCAGCAUAGGAGUAACGGAAGCACCAAUAGUCGCAACAAGUCAGAGACUUUUUGCCAGUUUUCAGCCACCAGUGCUGAACGAUGCACUGUGCGGUCUUUCUGUCAACACCAGGAUCAUCGGUGGUGAAUCAGAGAUUCCUGGGCAGUUCCCGUGGGUAGCACGGUUAGCCUACAGAAACAGAACGUCGGGCCGAGUAACAUAUCGAUGCGCGGGAUCACUCAUCACCAAUCGACAUGUGAUAACCGUUGCUCACUGCGUGACCAAUCUCAUUGAUGAACUGGAACUAGUUAGUGUCCGAGUGGGUGACCUUGAGUGUAAUUCUAUUACGGACAGUCGUUGUAGGUCCCGUUAUCAGGACUUUGGAAUCGAGCGGCUGUUUCCGCACAGAAAUUACGACACUCCCAAAUAUGCCAACGACAUUGCUAUCGUUAAACUGCAGCUAACUGCCGAGACGGGUAACAUCGUGAGCCCUCUGUGUCUUCCAAUGAACCAAUAUUCCAACUAUGCCAGAAAUCUGACGGGCAGUCUGGGAGUCAUCGCUGGAUGGGGUUCUACCAGUAAUCGAAGCAACACUCCAAGCCCCACGCUGCAAUGGCUCCGGUUGCCCAUCGUCGAUACGGCCCAAUGUGCCGACGCGUAUGCGCGCUACAGUGUCAACUCGCGCACCCCCAUCAUUGUGUCGGGCAAUCAGAUGUGUGUCCAGGGUCAGGAAAACAGGGAUGCCUGUCAGGGCGACUCGGGAGGCCCCCUUAUGAACGAGGCCAGCUCCGGUCAGGAUCGGUUUGUGCUGCUUGGUCUAGUCUCGUUUGGUCCACGAUCCUGUGGUGUGUCCAAUUUUCCCGGAGUGUACACACGAAUCUCGUCAUACAUUGAGUGGAUCUCGCAGCAAAUAGAACUCUGAUGAGUGUAUUUUCGAUUGUUGCCAAUGCAAAUGAGAGUUGCAUAAGUUUUUACGGGAAAGACGCCGGCACUUAAAACACGUCUUUGGACUAAAAAUGACGGCCACCAAAUAAUACAUGCAUUAGUAAAUGCUCAUGUAAUAGGAAAAAAAAACUUUCGGCACACAUUUUAAGACUUUUUAAAGUAUAAUAAAUUCACUCAUGAAGAUUGAUCACAAAUGAUCUAGAAUUAAGUAAUAUUAUUACAGCAGAAAAUAAUUCUAAGAACAUUGAAAACAAGAAAAAAGUUUAUGAGAGGUAAAACAAACCAUUUAUCAACUGACUCAGAUUCGACUUGUACAAAAAUGUGUUCAUUGUCAAUAUAUUCAACAAAACAACCCUACAAAAUUUGUUUGAUUGUUCGGAACAUUUUUUUUACAUAAAUAUAUAUUUUUUCAUUUUUGAUUUAUACAACAAUCAAGUUAAGUGAACAAC